AUGUCCAUCCAAGUACCAUCGUCCUACUCCGCCCUCCCAACCCAGCACAUCAAGGUCGACCAUGUGCCCGCCAACUCCGCGAAGCCCACACCAAUCCUCCUCCUAACCCUCAACCGGCCCAAUAAGCUCAAUGCCUUCACCGGCACCAUGGCGGAGGAAUUGGUAUCCUUCUUCAACACAGUAGAUGUCGAUAACCGUGUCAAGGUUAUCGUCGUGACCGGAGCCGGGCGGGCGUUUUGCGCUGGUGCAGAUUUGGAAAUUGGAUUCCCUAAGAGCACGGCGGGUGGUGGGCAGAGGAGGAAUGAGGGCGAUGAUGGAGAGCAUAGGGAUGGCGGCGGCCGGGUAACCCUCGCCAUCCACAACUGCCGCAAACCAACCAUCAUGGCCCUAAACGGCCCCGCCGUCGGCAUCGGCAUAACCAUGGCCCUACCCGCAGCCAUUCGCCUCGCAACCCGCGGCUCAAAAGUCGGCUUUGUCUUCUCACGCCGCGGCCUAGUAAUGGAAGCAGCCUCUUCCUUCUUCCUCCCGCGAUUAAUCGGACACAGCCGCGCGCUCCACCUCACCGCCACAGGCGCCACGUACCCAGCAGAACACCCCCUAUUCGGCUCUUUGUUCUCCGAAGUGUUGCCAACAGGUGAAGCCACGGUGGCGCGUGCGCUAGAGCUGGCAGAUGAGAUUGCGAAGAAUACGUCGACGAUGGCGAUCUCGUUGAUGCGGGAGUUGAUGUAUCGUGGGCCCGGGAGUGCGGAGGAGGCGCAUUUGUUGGAUUCUAAGGUUAUCUAUGGGUUGUUUGGGGGGGUGGAUAACGAGGAGGGGGUGAAGAGCUUUUUGGAGAAAAGGGCGCCGAGUUUUAAGGGUAGUUUUGCGAAGAAAGAUGAUUUGCCGGAGUGUUACCCAUGGUGGACGCCGGUGGAUGUGAAGCCCAGGGCGAAGGCGGUGAAGUUGUGA